AUGAGUGCUGCUAGGUUCGUGGGCAUAUACCAUAGUCAGUUCUCUAGAGAAACCAAAAAAAUGGCCUUCAAGUGGCUUCUAAUCUCCGUAAUAGUAUUCGGAAAAAAGGUACUCACAUUAAAUAUAGUAAAUAGUAUAUUCUACCAGAAGGACGAGAUAAACAACUUAACAUUUUCACUAGAUCAUAGAGCAAGAGAAAAAGCAGAAAGAGCAAAGCUACAUUUUAAAAAUGGGGAAAUAUCAUAUGUUUAUAGUGAUAAUGGUAUUUCUUCAAUAUUUACAUUAACAGCUGAAAAGGAUAUAAAAGAAUUUUUUUCUCUUAAUGAAGACAUAAAAUCAUGCGAUUAUUUUAUAACAAAAGGGGGUUUAUUAAAUAGAGAAAAAGAGCAUAAAUGUUUUAGAGAAACGUUUUGUGGAAUAGUACCAAAUUUUAAAUAUAUAAAAAAGAAAAAAAAAGAAAAUGAUAUUUUACUAUAUUGUGCUUAUUUUAACGAAACACAUAUAAUUAUUUAUCAUGUUGGGAAACCAAAAAUUUUAGAACCUAACAUAACAUAUGAAAAUAUUUUUUUUGAAAAAGAUAAAAAGGGUAUCAUUAAUUGUUAUGCUAUGGAUAUUGAUAUACGAUAUGUACAUGUAUAUGCAACAAAUGAAUGUGUACAUAAUUAUUUUUUAGAAUAUAUUAAAGAAGCAUGUCAAGGGAAAAAAUAUUGUGAACUUGAUUUUACGACAAUUAAAAAUGGGGAAAAUUGUCCUAUGAGUAAAAAUAUUUUUAUCACAGUGCAAUAUACAUGUGUAGCAACAUGUAAUCCUAAAUUGAACGAAAUUUGUGAUAUACAUAAUUCAAACGGAUUGAUGCAAACGUGCAAAUAUGGAUAUAAUAUGGCAAUAGAACUAUCUGAUGAAUGCGAGAGAAAUUAUACAUGUGGUAAUAGUGAUAUUUGUUCUGUUAAUGCAUACUGUAACGAAUCUAGUAAAACAUGUAAAUGCAAAACUUCCUUAUUACCAUUCAUUUCAAAUAAUUGUGUGUAUAAUAACAUAUGCAAAGUUUUGACAUGUCCUGAGAAUUCAACAUGUGAAAAAGUAGACAAUGAAGAAAAAGGAGAAUGUAAAUGUCAAAAAGAUAAAUAUUUUUAUAAAAAUAGAUGCUAUAAUAAAUAUGAUUUAGAAUUAGCUAUAAAGAUGGAAUUACCUAUACGAAGGAGAACAUAUUAUGAACAUACAUUAUAUGAUGGGUUAUCAUUACGACCUGAACAUAUUUAUAUGCAGUGUGAAAAUGGCUACUAUAUUGAAGUUGUCAAUGCAUAUGCUUCAUGUUAUCAUGUUUCAUUUGAAAAAAAUUAUAUGAAAUAUAUAACUGAUUAUUUAAAACGCGCAUGCAAUGGAAAAACCAGGUGCGCUUAUGGAAAUAGUAUAGACGCUGUAGAACAUAUUGACAUUGACAAUAUGUGUAAUGAGCAUAAAGUCAUUUUUCACUAUGAGUAUUUGUGUGCACAAGAUGAUAAAAUAGGGAAACCGCUCCUCAUGUUGGAGGGUUCUACUCUUCCCUUAACAUCUCCUCCACAGAUGGGAAUUAUUGCUCCAGGUGGAAAUGAUAUGCACAAUUUGUUUGUUCAAAUGCAGGGUGGGUCAAAGGUUCACACAGAAGGGGAAAUGAAAUGGGCAGCAAAAAGGACAAUGGAAAGGACAGUCUCAAGCCCAGUGGCACUAUCUGUGGAAGAGAUUAAUCCUGCACAAAGCUAUAACAGGUUUAAAAGAAAAAGCGAAAUAUUCAGAAGCAGGUUUUCAAGUAAAAUACGGUGCGAUGGUGGAACGAUAACAGUAACAACUGCUCUUUUAAAAACAGGAGAUGGUUGUGAGGAUUUAAAUAUGACUUCAUCUGUUAAGUCUUACUGUGAUGGGUUAAGUGAUUGUGAUAUAGGAUUAACACAUCAUUUCGAUACUUAUUGCAUAAACGAUCAAUAUCUUUUCGUAUCGUACGAAUGCUUAGACUUAUGUACAUAUUGUCCACCUAACUCUUCAUGUUAUGGUAACAAAUAUAAUUAUAAAUGUUUAUGUGAUAGCCCAUAUAUAAGUAUUCGAAAUAACACCGCUUGCCAAGCACCUACAAAUUGCAGCGUUGCAGUGUGUGGAAAAAAUCAAGUAUGUAAACAAAUAAAUAAUGAUCAGUUCAUAUGUGAAUGUAAUAGUGGAUACAAAAAUGUAAAUGGUACAUGUGUCAUUGACGACAACUGUGAUCUGUUAUGUCCAUCAAAUAAAUCUUGUAUAAUUGAAAAUGGGGAAAAGAUAUGUAAAUGUACUAACGGACUUUCCUUAGUAAAUGGUGUUUGUGUAUGUAGUGAUGAUCAUAUUAUUAAUAAUGAAAAUUUAUGUAUACCUAAAAAUAAAUGUAAAAGAAAAGAAUACACAAAUAUAUGUAAAAAUAAGAAUGAAGAAUGUUCUUAUGAUGCAAAGGAAGACAUUGUAAAAUGUGUAUGUAUGGAACACUACUUUAGAACUGAUAGAGGUGAUUGUAAACCUAUUAAUUAUUGUGAGAAUUUAAAAUGUAAUGAAAAUGAAGAAUGUAAAAUUGUAAACUAUAAAGCUACAUGUGAAUGCAAACAAAAUUUAAAGAGAAAUACUUUAGGUCAAUGUGUUUAUAAUAAUUUAUGCUUAAUUAAUAAUGGGAAUUGCCCUAUAGAUUCCAACUGUAUGUAUUACUUAAACAAACCACAUGAAUGUGUUUGUCAUAAACAAGGUUUUGUUGCUCACAAAGGUAAAUGCGUCUUACUAGACAAGUGUAAUGAAGGUAAUACGUGUUCAGAAAAUUCUAUCUGUGUUAAUGUAAUGAAUAAAGAACCUAUCUGUAUAUGCACAUUUAAUUAUUUUAAAAAAGAUGGUCUAUGUAUAUUACAAAAUCCUUGCUUAAAAGAUAAUGGAGGUUGCUCAAGAAAUUCAAAUUGUAUAUUUAAAAAUAAUAAAAUUACAUGUGCAUGUAAAGAAAAUUAUUUAAAUCUUAAUAAUUCAUGUGUACCUAAAACUACAAAUAUGGAUAAAUCUUUUACCUUCACUUAUGAUAAAGAUGUAUCUAUUGUACUAGGAAGUUGUGCUAUAAUAGAAUUAUUACAUAUAAAUAAUCAAAUUAUUUGGAAAACAAACUAUUCAAAUGAAUCCUAUAUUUUUAAUUAUGAAUUUCCCACAUCUGGACAGUUGAUUGCUCAAAUUAAAAAUCAGUUUAGUAGUAGUAUACUUUAUUUAAAAAAGAAAGCCCAAAAUGAUUUUGUCUAUGACGACUUUCACAUGGAACAUAAAUCCUGCAAAUACGAAAACGUGUUCUUCUACAGUCACAGGGAUGGAAAUGCGUGA